AUGAGCAAUAACCAGCACCAGAUUGAUCUCCCUUCUGUACGUCGCGAACGUCCAAAUGCACACACCAGUUCAGCUGACAACCGCCAGGAGCCAAUGUGGCUAGGCUAUGCGCGUGAUGUGCUGGAGAAGCUGCACUACGAGGAACUCGUCCAGCAUGGUGCCGCCCCAAAUCCCGAAAAGCGCGCUCACCUGGCUCACGCGUUGCGUCUCGAGGCCGACGGCUUUUCUUCGUACCUCAAAGCCUGUGCACAGUCCCUUGUCUCUCCUAUAUCACGCCUUCCUCCGGAGAUACUUGCUUCGAUCUUCCUUUUCGUCGCCAUGGACGAUCCGCCGCGCAAAAGAUACUUUCCAUCUCAAGAGCCAAGUCGACUGGGAUGGGUACGCAUCAGCCACGUCAGUAAGCUGUGGAGAUCGCUUUGCCUGCGUACACCAGACCUCUGGGCGUUACACGUUGCUAUCCUCCCGGACGCCUUGACGGAGUUCCUCGAACGCGCUGGAGACGACGUCCCACUGGAUAUUCAUCUUGAACUGGAGAACGUGAUCGGCUACCAGCAUGACUUCCAGGAGCUUAUCCUCCUGCACUCAAUCAAGCGAAUUAGGAGGAUGAAAUGGAGCACUUUGCAUGGACAGACCUUUGACAACAUCUGCGCCUGUCUUCAAGAUUCUGCGCUCCCAACGCUAGAGACGCUUGCCUUGGAUCUGCAACACACACCGAGCCGCGAUCACGACUUCUCACAUAGGCUAUACGAUCAUCCCGUCUACGCCCCACGCCUCACGUCUAUAUCAUUCACAAACUGCUUCAUUCCGCUCAUCGCACCAACGUUGACCUAUCUAUACUUCGAAAAGCUCCAACUACCAUCAAAGUUCCUGUUGGCUCUUCUGUUGAAAGUUCCUCUGCUUGAAGAAAUGGAACUGCACUCCUGCACUCUUUCGAUCGACUUCACGGGCUGCGCAAUCGUCCCUCUGCCCAGACUGGAGAGCCUCACCCUCUGGCGCGACGCAGACGCUCGCGGGAUACCGGCGAAGACUUUCAAAACACUCAUGGAGCAUCUAUCGUUUCCCCCGCGCACGUACCUCUACAUCGCAUAUGAAUGCCCCGACAGCGCGGAGGAUCUUGGAUAUAUCGAAUCCUCAGUGAAAUCUAUCUGGCGCGAGGACCCUCCCUUCGGCGUCGCAUUUGAUGGGUUCAAUCUCACGCUGUACUCAGGACCUCUGCCACAUCCGGACCAAUCGUCCUCAUAUCCGUUUGACUACCCGCGCGGAGUGCCUCGCCCUGAUAUCAGGGCGUCGCUCUAUGCGUGUGCCAAUUGGCAGUUCGCCCAGGGGCUGACAAGGUGCUUGCGCGUACAGGAUCAGUUCGCGAACCUCACAGUCUUCUCGGCCAGCAUGUCUCACUGGAACUCUGGGGACUGGGCCUUGGUCUUCCAAGCUGUUCCUAACGUGCAUACUCUUCAUCUAUACCACGAUAACAUCGUACACCAUUGGUGCUCCGACGACGAAGUCGAUGCCGAGAUAGACGACGACGACGCAAACAAGGGCGUCUUUCUCACCCUUGCUUCACCAUCGACCCCGGGCGUCCUCCGGCAUGGUAGGAGUCGCAUCAUACUUCCGCACCUCGAUAUCCUAUGGUUGACUAGGAAGCCGUGGACGAUUCCUCAUGGUGUUGUGAACGAGCGCCGUCUCUUGAGGUACUUGUCGACCAUGAUACGGAGUCGCGCCGCGCUCAGUGCUCGUCAGCUGAGCACACUUCGGCUCGAUAUCAUCAAGCAACCGCGAAUGGAUCAGACGGAACAUGGGCAUGCAAGUAUGCUACAAGGCCUGGUGUCGGAUGUACGCUGGAAAGCGACUGGCGAGGAAAGGGAUGGGUCGGGUGACGAGAUGUCGGACUAA